AUGAAGCCAACCGCAUCGCGACCGCCAAAGUCAAACUCGAAGCGCGCAAAUCACAGCUGCACCAACCUCGCAAUGCCAAGUACAACCGACUCCAACGUGUCCUCGGUGUCAAUGGACAUUCCGGGCACGAAUCGGACUUGUUGGACACCUUCGGACCCACUGCGCCUCUCGAACCGCACCAAAUGUCGUCCUUCCUCGUCCUCUCCGCCGCCGGCUAACUCUGACCGCUCUUCUGAACCACCAUUUCCAUCCUCCUCCUCUACCUCCUGCUCCUCUUCCUCCUCCUCUUCAUCCUCCCCCUCCGCUGCUCCAACGCGUGCCGUUGUGACGCCUGCCAUGCACAUUCCCACUGCACACAAUCCAGACACAUCCUCAAACAUCACCAUCGCCAUUGUCGACACCAGAGGUGAUGACCAGGAUUACACCUGCCCUCUCUGCGACCGCAUCUUCGCCUCACAUAUCGGCCUGGUCGGUCACUUGCGAAUCCAUCGCACAGUGACUGACAAACCAGUGCCUGGAGCACCAGCCUACAGCCACCGCAUACGCCUCCACUGCUCACACUGCCCUCGCACUUUCACGCACCGCAUGGGUCUAUUCGUCAACAUACUCAUCCACGAAAUCCUGCGGUAG